AUGUCGACAGUUUCCAAUACCAACGAGCCCUCAUCAGGCCAACAGAAGCACGGGAAGCCUCCAUACUCACCUACCCACGCGGGGCUGGGUGGUUUUCCAGAUGUGAUACCUGAUAUUCCCAUCACAGCAGUUUUCCUUGUUCUGUACCUCAUAUUUGGUGUCGUCCAUAUCAAAAUCUUGAAGACCAACAAAGGCCGAGGGCACAAAUUCAUCUUCAAUGGCGCAUUAUUAGGACUUUGCAAGAUUCGAAUAAUUACCAUGUCAUUGCGGAUAGCAUGGGCCUACCACCAACACAACGUCGGGCUCGCGAUGGCGGCCAACGUGUUCGUCUACGUCGGCACCAUCAUCUUAUACAUGAUCAAUUGGUUCUUCACACAGCGUAUCGUCCGUGCACAGCAUACCAAGCUUGGAUGGUCGAUGCCCUACCGCAUUGUCCACAGAGGCGCGCUCGCCCUGCUGAUUGCCGGACUGCUGAUGAUCAUUGUAACAUCGAUCUGGCAGUUCUUCACACUGGAUAACAACACUCUGCGUAUCUUCCGCGAUCUACAGCUUGCUGGUCAGACAUACUUUACGGUUUUCGCUUUCGCUCCUAUCGUGUUCGUCCUUCUCUCUUUGAUCAUUCCGCGACACGAGAUUGAUAAAUUUGGAGCUGGCCGUCUCAGGGUCAACAUAAUCAUCCUAUUGAUCGCUGCCGCGGUAGUCUCAACUGGACAGAUCUUCCGCUGCGUCAUAAAUUGGUUGCCUCCCUUUCCCUUGCAAAACGCUCAGGGUCAGUUCCAAAAUCCGCCAUGGUACUAUGAGAAAGCUUGCUUCUAUGCGUUCAAUUUCGUCACUGAGAUCAUCGUUGUUAUUAUGUACGCUGUUGUGCGUGUCGAUCUGCGCUUCCAUGUACCGGAUGGGGCGAAGAGGGCAGGAGACUAUAGCCGCAGCAGCGUCAACGUCCACAUUACUGAGAAGGCUCUGCAUCCCAGAGUGGUCUCGAUGCAGUCCAACGGUUCCACAGAAACGUUACAAUCAUACCAAACCUCACUCUUUGAAGACUCGGGCACAUUGGCCGAUUCACUGAGAUACCCGUCGUCCACUCUGGCAAUCGAUGAGAAGACAGGGGCAUGGAAAAUCAAGCGUGCGUCUGUUUCGUCGAUGGGCAGUCAACGCUCCUCGGCUGGCUCACGGUCGUCUGCAUGGCUCGAUAGGAACACCAUGGUAGAGAACGACAUUCCACCUGUACCCGAGAUUCCUAACCGAACGAGUUGGCCGUUGAGAACCUCGACGCUACACCCCAACGAUUCGAUGGCCAAAAUGGAACACAACAAUCCCUCAAACAGAAGCUCACCCCAUAGAAAGUACGAGCUUGACGGCCAUGGCUUCAAUGAAUAUGAUGUUGGCGACACAAUCCAGGCUGCACUGUACAAGCUAGAAGGAAAGAGUGGCAAAGGCAAGCUCAGGACAAGAUCGCCUCCACCCGAAUACGAUGAUAUUGAAGCCACCAACGCCGCAGGGCGCUCACCAAACGAAAAAAAAUACAGACACUUCUCGCGGCCCGCCUCUAUGGACAACAGUGAGCACGAAAAGAACAACACGAGUGAGAAGCGCGCCACCUAUCCCAUGAUUGUCACGAAAGACGGCCGAAAAGUCCUCAGAAAACCGAGAAAGACGUCUUCCAACGAAAAGGCGCACGUUUCAGAAGCACCAUCCAAUUCACCGGAGGCAUACCCACCCGCAAACAUGAUGUCAGGCGCCGACGGACCGUCCUCGAUGCCCGAGCCAACAUCAGCUCUGGCCUCGCGCCCACCAGUGCUGAACAAGCAGCGCUCGUCUAGCCUCGAAAUCAUCUCCCUCACCCAGCGCAUAGCAGACGAGAACCGCAUGUCCGCGGACAGCAACCCGCGCAUCCUCGACCUCAGCAGCGUGCGCAAGCAGGAAAGCACGCGCCACUCGGAGUGCUGCUCCUCAUGCUCCAACUCAACGCGCGCGCCCCAGCCAGAUCUGCACGAGCAGAUGUUGAGAGCCGCAGUGCAACAGCAACGUCUGCAGCAGCAGCAGCAGCAGCAAACCCAGCCAUCAACGAUACCGCCAUCUACCACAAGAUCGGUAGCCCACCGAGCAGACAUGGCAUCCAAAUCCGGCACCGUAUCAUCCUCCAUCUACAGUUCGACAACGACGAGCUCCGACGCGCGAGAGGCCGCCAGAGCCGAGGAAGAGUUCCGUAGAUUCAGCUUCGAGGCCAUGCCCGGGGAGGAGGCUGAGCACGAGGAUGAGCACCCCAGUCCGAGGACGAGAUCCGUGUGA